AAAUCGUUUUUCAGUUUGAUGGACCUGUCUCCCCCCAAAUUCCCGAACAUGCAAUCUCCAUCUCUUCACCUCACCACCGCAAUUCACCACUGUGACCACCACCUUCUUGGAUUCCAUCGCACUGUCUCCUCCACCCGCAACCUAUUUUCCCCCCACUCUUCCUCAUCUUGUUGCCUUCCAAGCCCUGGUUCUCGAACGCUUGUCGCUCGGGCCCAGAAACCCCAUCACAACUCUGGUCCCAAAGAGAGGCUGCGAAUAACCAGCAAGAAGGACAAUGUCUGGAGUAUUGACAACGACCUCGCGAAUGCCGCGGCGGAGAAAGAGAGGGCGAGAGCUUAUCGGAGGAAGCACAAGGGAAGGAAGAUGGUGAAGAGGAAGAAGCGAGGUAGGGGUGGUAGAGUCUUGGUCUCCGGGGCUAUGUUGACGGAGGUUGAAACAGUUCUUCAGACUCAGGAACCUGUAAUAAAACCAGUUUGGAAUACAUUUGCUAGCAGUGUCAGUGGGAUUUGGAAGGGUGUGGGUGCGGUAUUUUCUCCUCUUACUGCUGAAAUGGAGCCAGUUGAAAUAGGUAAAAGGAAUGAAAACCUGUAUGACUGUUAUACUCUUUCCCGCAUUGAGGCAGUGCCAUCAUCUUCUGGUAGACCGACAUCUCAGAUUCAGAGAAAAAUCAAUUGGGUGACUUUGAACCCUUUUGGUGAAACACUGCAGCAUAGGGAAGGCAAUGACAUAGCUAAAGAAGGAUCUGGAGAUGAUGGUGCCCCUGUACUUGCAAGGGAGAACAUCAGUGACAAUGCAACAAGCACUGUGUUGCCUACUUUUGAGUCCUUUGACUUUGAAAGAAGUGAUGUGAUGGAAGAAGAUGUUAUGGAAUGUGAACCAGGCCUUGUUUACUUUGAAGAUGGAUCUUACUCCAGGGGUCCUGUAGAUAUCCCUUUGGGUGAAAUUGAUGAUGCAGAUUAUUAUAUCACUCCUACUUACAAGUUCGAACAAUGCUUGGUUAAAGGCUGCCACAAAAGGAUUCGUAUUGUCCAUACCAUAGAAUUCAUAGAUGGCGGUUCAGACAUACAGAUAAUGAGGGUUGCCGUUUAUGAAGAAGAAUGGGCUAGUCCUGCCAAUAUCAAAGACCCUAGUGAUCUGGAGUUCGAUGUAAAGCCAUUAUCCCAAAGAAAACGAACCAGGCCAUCGGAGCUGAUAGGGUCUUGGAAAGUCUUCGAGGUCAGUGCAACUCCGGUGUUUGGGGAUGACAAUAUGAUGGAAGCCGGCAGCAGCAACGGUACCCCAUAUGUAUACCUUUGUACAGAGACUCUGAAGAAGAGGAGCUUCCCAGGGAGUACCAACUCUUUUGGAGAAGAAGAGAUGCUGGAUAUGCAGGAUGUAACCAUGCUUUGGCUUCCUGGGGGCGUAACAUGCUAUGUGGAUAUCAGUAAGGAUGGUAUUCUUUGUAUUGGAGUUGGAUGGUACUCUGAUGAAGGAAUAAACCUGGUGAUGGAGAGAGAUUAUGGGGUGGAUGGAAAACUUAAAGAAGUGCGAUGGAAGUCAGAGGUAAAGAGAAGAUGGUCUAAUCCACCACCUGUAUAGAUUCUCUUGAAAUUUUGUUUUACCGAGGAUUACUGACUUGUAAAGUAUUUAAAUUAAGGAAUAUUCAAAUGUUGUAUUGUCCCAGUAAACAAUUAAGUGCUUACUUGGAGCUGUUUAUUACGCAAGUCAAGAGAACUUUUCUCACGUAUAUUGUACAUGGUGAUUGAAAAGUUGUUUUUAAA